CUAAAAAUGCAUAUCCUUCUCUCUUUCUUUCUUUCUUUCUUAAGUUCUUAAUGUAGCAUAGAAUCAUAUGACAGAUCAAGGGAUGUUAACUUCGAAAGCUCUGAAAAUUUUGACGAAAUCAGGCCAGAAAAAAAUUAGUUAGAGAGGUUGAGAUAUGUCAACCUAGAAAGAUGGCUGUUCUUCUCAUUCUCACUGCAACUCAAAAUCCCAAAUCACCACAUCUCAAACCCAUUUUUGCCAAGACAUUGAGACACCACAAAAACCACCGCCACUGCCACAAAAUCUCUGCCAAACCACCACCAAAACUUCCGCCAAACUCCACAGAUUGCACAAAUUGUUCAAACCCAUAACCAUCAAUUUCUCCAACCCGCUCAAAUUCUUCACACGAAUUCAACCCUCAUCAAAAUCAAAUUCCAAAAACCCAUUAAACCCCAUUCAAUGAGAAACCCAUAAAUUCAUUACCAAAAAAAAAAAAGAGGAACCCAUAAACCAGAAUCAAACCCCAAAAAUCCAUCAAAGUGAUCAAACCCUCAUCAAAAUCAAAUCUCAAAAACCCAGUAAGCCCCAUUCAAUGAGAAACCCAUAAACCAAAAUCAAACCCCAAACACUCAUCAAAAUCAAAUCUCAAAAACCCAUUAAACCCAUUCAAUGAGAAACCCAUAAAUAAAAUCAAACCCCAAAAACCCAUAAAAUCCCCAUUCAAUGAAAAAGCCCAGAAACCAACCGCAACUGCGAGCUUUAGCCAUGGUGGAGCGGCGGUUUUUGGCGGCGGAGUGAGACCGGUGGAGAGGGAUGAGUUGGAUGUGGCUGGGUAUCUGAGAAGAGAGAAGAACAGAGGAAGGAGAGAGAGAGAGAGUUGGUGCGGUUUUGAAGAAAGAGUUAAGUUCUUAACGUUUCUUUCUCUCUCUCUCUCUUUCUUUCUAUAUCACACGCACGAUUCGGCCCAAAUGUCACUUAGUCCACACAUAUAGAUAUAUAUAUACACACACGAUUCGGCCCAAUUGUCAAUUAGUCCAGUCACUCUUACUGGCUCUUCAAAUAAAACAAAAUACAAACGAAACCCUAGUUCAUCACAAUCAGAAGUCGCUACCGAUACUGCCACCGAUGAUGGCUUCCUCGCCGGAGAAGAGGGAAGUCGUGUCACAAGCAGCAGCGGCAACAAAACUGUACGUAUAUUUAGAGCAUGCAAUUGGAAGUGGGCCAUUGAUAUAUUCUUUGUUUGAGAUUGCUCUACCAAACCCUCUCCCCCGUCCUCCUACUGCUGCACCCCCAGUUAAAGUGAAGCCACUUCCAAACCCAAAUCCAGUCCUCCAACUUAAAUUGGGAGAAUACCCUCGCUACAUGUGUUGCGUUCAAUUGGGCUCAAAAUUUUACUUAUUUGGUGGCAAAUAUGAUGAUUUGGAUUUGUGUGAUGAUGGUGACAUUGAUGAAGAAAUUAAGAAAAAGUACUCCAAUGUAACACGGGAUGAUUAUCCACGGGAUGUCUAUAUUUUUGACCCCACCACAACAGCUGCCGCCGAUGCCGAUGAUGAUAAGUUUAUGAAAGCAAUGAUGAUGAACACUGGAAAGUCUAAACCUGUGGCCUUUGUGGUUGAUGAGAAGAUUUACGUGCUUGGAAGCACUUUCACAUUCCAAGGCGGCAACAAGAUAAAAAACUUAAGCGGAAAAGGAAGCCAUAAAAGAGCAAGCUUUGUUUGAGAUGUAUGAUCCUUCAGAUGAUAAGUGGACUGUGUUGCCAAAUCCCCCUCCCAUUAUUUGUGACAUUGAGAAUAAAAAGACUGAAUGGGUUGGGCAUGCUGUUGAUCUUGAGGAGGCAAGGAAAAGGGUUCUCCUUUUAGCCAGGCAGGGCCUUUAUAGCUGUCUUUACAGUUUUGAUCUUGAUGGUGGCCAAUGGAUAAAAUGCCUCACACUCCCUGGCUGCCCUACUAAUACUUUCAUUGGCAGGUGUGAGCUUGUCGGGGGUUUCCUUUAUGGACAUUCUUACGAAACUGUAGCUGCAUUUAAAGUCCCAUUAGCUGCUGCUGCUGCUGUUGGCAAUGAGCAUUUAGAUGAUGAUGAAGAAAUAAAAGAAAAAAUAAAAAAUAGUCCAGAAAAGAGGACAUUGUGGGAGAUGACAUUGGCUGCAAAGUGCCCUUUUUAUCAUGCCUCUAAGGAGAUGGGUAUGGAUGCUAUCUAUAUAUUUCCUCAACAGUAGUAUUCCUCCUCAAGCUUACUUCACUUGGGGAAUGGAUUCUUUUGUUUUGUGUUGUCUGGCAUGCCUCCCCAUCCCUAUAUUAGCAUCGAUCAAGGUGCUGUCGAAGAUUAUAAAAAACGUGUCAUUACUCAUUAGCAUCGUAAUUUUUCAGAACCCACACGUAGGGGAUGAUCAAACUGAAGAAAAAUAUUUCAAGGCAAAAUUCGUGCAUUCCGCCCACUAUGUCAUCAAUUCCCCCUUCCCAAUUGAUGGUAGAAUCCGCGGCUGCUUCUCUCUUGGCCAGGUGUUUGACUUUGGAGAUGGGAGUUGCCCCACCCGUGCUGAGCAUGCAAACAGUGAUGAUGAGACGCAGGCUGUCUCUGAAAUCAUCAAGCAACGUGACAUGCUCAAUCAAGAUUGCAUAUUUGCACAGACUGAGAUAGCCUCUCUUAGAAAGGCUUGGGAUCUCUUGCAAGAGGAGAGACAGAGCGCAGAGCGUCUACUGCAGGAGGAGAGACAAAGCGCAGAGCGCCACCUGCAAGAUCUUCAAAGAGAGCAUGAGAUGGCUUUACACUCAUUGAGGAUGGAUAUUAGCAGGCUGACCAUUGAACGAGAUCAUUACAAGUCAAGCUUUCAAGCUAUUGCUGAUCCUGUUGAGCCUGAAUCGAUUAAAUCGUCUUCUCAACCUACUAAGCCACUAGCCGGCAAUCUUUCUGGAGAUACCAGUGAUAUGAUGGAGACCCUGCAUUUGUCUUAGAUGCCGUCUGACCCAAUGACCGGGAUUUCUUUUUGUUUUGUUAAAUUGAUAGUAUUUGAUGUCCAGAAAUUUCAAUGGUUAUAUCUCAAACUCUUAUGUAUAUGUAUAUAAAUAUCAGACCAUUUUUGUGUGGAUU